AUGUCUUCUAUCCGGUUCAAUCCGCCCGGCAAAUCUACAGGAUCGCCGCGACCAAAAGGACGAGGACGUGGUGUAGAGAACUCGAAGGAUACGCUUUGCCGAAAUGUCACUAUUUACGGGCAUUGCAGGUGGGAAGACUCUGGAUGUGCCUUCGUUCAUGACCCCAAUAAAGCUACGAAUCCUCAAGCCGAGACUCUGAUACUGGACGCGCAUUUCGUACAGGACUUUGGCGAUGUUGCAGACAAAUCUGGAGGUUCUACUUUAGAAUUUCGUCCUGAAUGGCUUGCGACCUGUUUCACAACACAUGGUGGGCCAUGGCUCGAACAAGUCCUGGGGUCCUACGGAGGCAUCAGUAGGGCAGUCAAUAAGACCAGAUUUUUCAAGGCUGGGUCCGUUGCUCGGUCUUUCGGCCAGAGACACGUUACCGGAGGCCCAGGUACAAAAGAACCUCUGAAAAGACCAUCUGAGAGUUUCAUGAAUUGCUAUGACGAAGGUCAUUCAUUCCCAGCAUAUCAAGCUAUUAAUUGCGGCUCCCUGUUUUGCCUGCAAACUUGGUAUCGGCGGAUCACUUUUAUGCUACGAGAUGCCGCUGUUCGAAUCGAAAUACCUUGCUGCUGGGCUCCUCAAUUCUGUCGCGUUGGUGGUAUCUCUGAUGCGAUGUUAAUGGUUCCUUCUCGAAAUGCGCUCACCAGUCAAAGGAUGAAAAAGUCACUGAAUUUCGACUCCCCGGCGUUCACCCCCUCGACCCUACCGGCCUCCGGCAAGGUCUCUACCAUCUCAUCACAAGCUGCAGCUGCCGCGCCGUUCACUCCACGCGGAGGGGGCACUACCACACCAAAUCAACCCGAGAGCGAGCCAAAAAUGUUCAAUCCCGCCUUCAUUCAAGAGUUCACUCCCCAGCAAAACUAUGACUUGGCCCACAGCCUUCUUGCAAACGGAGGUACACCAGAUGUUCAGCCUCAAUUCGAUCCUUUCUCUAUGCAAGCUAUGGCCCAGGCAAUUCCUGCGGCUCCGUACAAUCCAUAUCUCGAAGAAAAUAAUGCUCCAACCAAUACAGCGGGCUAUUUCCAGACGCAGUCUGCCUUCGCCAGUCCUGCCCAACCUCUGCAAUAUCAUCUUUACGCUCCCAUCGGCGCACACAGACAGGACCUACUAGCCUAUCAGCGACACACUCAUGACUUCUUUAUGCCGAACGACCUCCGAGAAGACUUGCAGAAGAAAUCCGAGGCGGCGCGGCAGGUCAUUCCAAAUACUGGACUUCCAGCCGUCGAACAUUACCACACCCUAGUACCACUAGAUACAAGCAAUAGUAGAAGUGCUACUGUCUUUGGCCUGCCGAGCUGGGUGUACAAAGCGGUAUCGAGCAAGAAUGGCGUUACUUAUAUCUUGAGACGGGUUGAGGGAUUCCGACUCAGCAAUCACCUCGCCUUAACAGUUGCCAAGAAUUGGAAGAGGAUUGACAACGCCAGCGUCGUAUCGGUCAUAGAUGCCUUCACGACCCGCGCCUUUGGAGACAGUUCCCUGAUCUUCGUCUACAACUACUACCCGAUGUCUAAAACAUUAAUCGAAGCCCAUUUCACCAAUACUAAUCGAUACGGAAAUCGUAUCGCCACCACCUUAGUCGCCGAACAAGUUCUAUGGGGCUACGUCGUACAGAUUGCCAACGCAAUAAAGUCAAUCCACGCUGCCAAUCUUGCAGUGCGGUGUAUGGUCCCAAGCAAGGUCCUCGUCACCGACAAGAAUCGGAUCCGCCUGAGCGCAUGUUCUAUCCUGGAUGUCAUUCAGUACGAGAACGGACGACCAAUCCAAGAUCUUCAGCAAGAGGACUUUAUAUUGUUUGGCAGGCUGAUCUUAGCGAUUGCCACAAAUAGCUCCAACCUCGUCUCCAGCAACACCCCCCUGAAAGGAGCUAUGGAAAGCCUGAAACGAAACUACAGCCCCGAGUUUCGCGAUACAGUCGAAUGGCUCCUCACUCCCGCCGUAGCGCCUGGUACCAAAGACCUAAACGAGUUUAUCCGCGGCAUCUCUGGCCAAAUUCUGGCAUCCUACGACAACGCGCUCCACUCAGAAGAUACCACUCUCAGCACCCUGAGUCAGGAACUCGAGAACGGCCGCUUGUUUCGCCUUGUUGCCAAGCUAGGCACGAUCAACGAACGCCCCGAGUACGAAGGUGACGUAAAGUGGAGCGAGGUCGGGGAACGAUAUAUCCUCAAGCUGUUUAGAGACUACGUUUUCCACCAGGUCAAUCAGGAGGGCAAGCCGGUGGUCGACCUGGGGCACAUGCUCGAGUGCUUGAAUAAACUUGAUGCGGGGAGUGCGGAGAAGAUCAAGCUCGUUAGUAGAGAUGAUCAGGAUUGUAUGAUUGUGGGGUAUAAGGAAUUGAAGAAGCAAGUAGACGCUGCAUUUGGGGAGUUGUUGAAACCAAGUGGGAAGCGAUACUAG